GAGCGCAGUGCAACACCGAAGUAUUUAGAAGCCAAACCCAAAUAAAACAGGCGACAAGAUGGCGAGACCACCGGCACCGUUCAAUUCUCUCGGCCGCGCCGGCGACGGAACCACCGCACGUGCAAUUUGAGUCCACAUGUGUGUCCUACGUUGUUGUUGUUGUUGUAUUGAGCUUCAUCUUAGUUGACUGAAAUUAAGAGGAUACUGAUUCAGGCAGAUAAUUAACUAUCUACACGAAAAAGCAGUAAUGGAGGCACGACCAGCUUUAUCCAUCCAAAGAGUGGGGUCUAGGCAACUAAAUAACUUUGGUGCAUCUGGAGCUCUUUCUUCUUCUUUACCAGUCCUUCCUACAAAUCUCGAAGGGAAAUAUCCCAAGUUGCCCGACUCGCAGCAGAUUUCCUUGGAAAGGGAAACUAUGCAAUGUCCUCCAGCUGUUGCUCCAUUGUCAUCAAAUAGUGAGGUUGCUGGUCUUAUGUUUUCUUCAUCUUCUGGAUUUUCCAGCGAUCUUCAUUUUUCAUCUGCUUCACCACUAGAGAAGCAUUCGAGACAACCUCCUUUUAUUUCCCAGUCAACAAAUAAUGAGUCAUCCAUGUUGUUGCCUGAUUCUGGAGUUCUUCAAUCCACAGCAUCAAGUCAUUACUCUAAGGAAAAUAUUGGCCCAUGGUCUACGGAUUCAUUAACUGAUUUUCUUGAUUACCCAAUAAAUACCCCUACACACAGUGGUCAGCUGCAAUGCAGUAACAAUGCCGAUUGUGCCAUUACUUCCGAGGAUCUUGGUAAACGCAACGAUUGGCAAGAAUGGGCUGACCAGCUAAUCACUGACGAUGAUGCUCUGGCUGCUAAUUGGAGUGAUAUCAUUGCCGAUACAAGCACUGCAGAUCCAAAACCAAAGGUGCAAUAUCAAGUGUCAAAACAAUCUUCAAAUUUACAAAUCCAGCAGUCCCAGGCAAGCCAGCAACUCGUUGCUUUUCCCGAAGAAACUUCAGCCACUGUUCCUCUAUCAUCCACUGCAGGUGCUGCUCCAACCAAGCAGCGCAUGCGUUGGACACCCGAACUUCAUGAAGCAUUCGUGGAAGCUGUCAACAAGCUUGGUGGAAGCGAAAGAGCUACUCCCAAGGGCGUCCUAAAACUAAUGAAAGUUGACCAUUUGACCAUCUAUCAUGUUAAAAGCCACCUGCAGAAAUAUCGUACGGCCCGCUAUAAACCUGAAUCAUCAGAAGCGUCUUCAGAGAAGAAACAGUCUGCUAUUGAUGAUUUUCCAUCUCUGGACUUGAAAGCGGGUAUUGAGAUCACUGAAGCGCUGAGGUUACAGAUGGAAGUACAAAAGCGGCUCCAUGAGCAGCUUGAGAUUCAACGAAACCUGCAGCUGAGGAUUGAAGAACAAGGGCGAUAUCUCCAAAUGAUGUUUGAGAAGCAAUGCAAGUCAAUGCCAAAUAUCGAGAUGGGCAAGGGAUCAUCACCCACAAGUGAGAACCCCGUUGCACAGUUGACCGAUGGGGUUCAAACCUCCCCUGGCAAAAGCGAUCCAGUAGCAAAUCAUCCAAAGACGGGAGACGACUCAGAGACGAGGGAAGAGAAACAAAAGGAAUGUGAAACAGGAGAAGUUCCUGCCGCUUCAUCAGAGUCGCCACCACCUUCAAAGCGCACCAAAGUAGAUUAAUAAAAUAUCAUUUACCAAUUCUUGAUAUUGCUAAGAACCUCCAGUUUAAUUUGAUGCUUGGAACAUCAAAGCUUUCAGUAGUACAUAGUGAACUCCUCAGAACUUUUUGUUCAUCUUUUUUUAGACAAGUUCUGGUGGGAAAGCUGCAUCCUCACCAUACUGUAGUUGAUAAGUGAAUUUAUGACUUUUGUCAUUGUGAGUGUUAUGCUCCAUGGAAACAAUGAGGAAAUUCAGUGCAAAAAGUAUUGCUGCCCCUUUUGCCCUA